GCUGCUAGUCCCAGUGAAGUGCCCUCGACCACCAAUACAGGACCGGUCCCAGUAGAUUUCCCCACAGGUGCACCUCAGUACGAACUGCAGGGCUUUGCGAGCCAUAUCGGGUCGUCCACUCUGUGCGGUCACUAUGUGUGUCAUGUGAAGAAAGGCGGACAAUAUGUGCUAUUCAACGACGAGAAAGUGGCUGUGUCCAAGGAACCUCCGCGUUUGUUCGGAUACCUAUACCUAUACCGUCGUGUAGAUCUAUAA